AACUCUCAAGCUGCUCUCCAGGGAACAGUGAUAAAAAGCAGACCUCUGAGGGCCCGCACUCCACACACUAGACAGCAGGGCCCACUGCGAAGGACCCUGAGCCCAUUUUAAGACAAACAGACAAACGACUGCACAGCCAAGUGAUGUUCCGUAGCCAGUUCACCACGCUGCUGGGUCUGUUCAGUGGGGCCUGGCUACCCACAGGCUCAGGGAGGCCUGGGGCCCCAGCGACCCCUGUUCAGUCCGGGACUGCUAUCAAUCAGAGCUGGACUCUGGAUCCCCUGGUGCCCAUCUCUGCCCUGGGUAGCUGGGAGGCCUUCCUGGGCCUGCAGAACAAACAGCAGGGGACAGGUGAGCUGCAGGGAGGAGGGCAGAGAGUAGCUGCUGGUGUGCCUUUGCCCUUGGCUCCUCAAGAAGUGCUUCAGGAGACUUGUAAAGCUCUGUCCUUUGUUCAGGUGAUCUCCAGGCCUGGUUGCACAAGUGCCCGGGUCCUUAAUCAUCUCUGUUUUGGCCGCUGUUCCUCCUUCUACAUUCCCAGCUCGGAUCCCACCCCUGUAGUCUUCUGCAACAGCUGUGUGCCGGCUCGAAAGCGCUGGACAUCGGUGACGCUGUGGUGUGGAGCUGGCCAAUUAGCCUCCCCUCGGCGGGUGAGGAUUUCCACGGUAUUGGUCCAGAAGUGUCAGUGCCGCCCGAAGCUGUGAGCUGAGCAUCCUAGAGGAAUGCGCAGGACAUGAAUGAACCUUGGCAAGAAGCAGGAGACGCAAUAGAAAGACGUGACCUGAAUGAUGUGCAUCGGGUCAAGAGAGCAGAAUUGGACAGGGCCAGAAUACUAGACAUGGUCCCCCAGUCAUGGGUUUAGACCACUAAUAGUCGUAGAAUGUGGGGCUAGGGUAUAACUCAGUGGGAGAGGGCUUGCCUAGCAUGCAUGAAGCCCUGGGUUCUAUUCGUAUGUGAUAUGUGGAGGUUAAAAAAAGGUGAAAAUUAGCUAUAGUGUAUGAUUAGCCCUGUGUGAGAGGGAACAUUCAUGCCACAAUCACUAACUCACGUCCUCCUCAGGAAUCCUCAGCAGUCCCGCAAGGUAGAAUUUCACCAUGGGUCAUUUUACAGAUGAGGAAACCGAAGCUAUUUAGGCACUGUCACUUUUGGAGAGGGGUGGAAUAGGGAGAGGGCUUCAGACACAGCCCUGACGCACGCGCAGCACAGCUCCCUGCUGAGCUCCUCCCCCAGCCUGGGGUUCCGCUUUUAGCCACUAGGUGGCACCGCGUCCCAGUGUCCAAGACAGACACUCCCAACUGUUAUGAUGACAGCACUACCCAAACCUGGACACUCAGCAAAGAUGACCCUGUUCUGGGGACACCAGAAUAACAGCAGCAGCAGCAACAACAACAGCAACAAACUAUGGCAGGCAAGCAGGAAGCAGCUGCUAGGAAAACCUGGCCCCAACCAGAGGCGACCCCGCAUGUGUGCAGCUGCCUCUCUCAUCGACAGUAGCCAGGGGUUUCCCUUUUUGCCCCACCCGAGACCCCGCAGCAGCCUCAUGCCCAGCCUGGCAUUCCGUGGGAACCAUAAAGGUUGGCCAAGUCC